UUAUCGUGCAUUCUUGAGUGUGGAGCGUCGUACGGAGCGGCUCCGUUUAUUUUUUACAUACACAAAGAAAAACGCAAAGAUUUGUUUAAGUAAAUACAAAGGCCUGCAGUCUCUAGUCAAUUGUCAUUGCAAGCAUGUCCGAGAAACCGACUGUUUUAAUUUUGGGUGGCUGCGGAUUCAUUGGACGCAACUUGCUGAAUUACUUGCUGAAGAAUGACUUGACACAGGAAAUACGCAUUGUUGAUAAGACGCCACCACAAAUGGCCUGGUUGAAUGAGCAACAAACCGAUGACUUUGCUAGCGAUAAAGUGGAGUUUUGCAGCGCCAAUUUAAUUAAUGCCGCCUCAUGCAAGGCGGCAUUUGCACCACACCCAACAACACAUCGUGGCUGGGAUGUGGUCAUCAAUUGUGCAGCUGAAACGCGUGCCAAUCAGGACGAUGCCGUCUACAAAGAGGGCAUCCAAAAGCUGAGCCUCAACUGCGCCAACGAGGCAGCCAAUCGUCAGGUUAAACGCUAUGUGGAGCUGAGCUCGGGCUGUGUGAACAGCAGUGAGAAGAACCCACUGAAGGAGGACUGCAAGCUGGAGCCAUGGACGGGUGUGGCCAAGCAAAAACUCAAGGUGGAGAAGGAGCUGGCGCAAAUCAACAGUCUUAGCUAUACGGUGGUGCGAUUGCCCGUUGUUUAUGGCAUUGGCGAUAAGCGCUACUUAAUGCCUCGCAUUAUUAUUGCGGCCAUAUACAAAUACCUCGGUGAGACAAUGAAACUGCUGUGGAACGAUGCGAUGCGUCUCAAUACGGUGCAUGUGAUCGAUGUGUGUGCUGCGAUUUGGCAAUUAGCCCAAAAUCCCAAAGCCGCUGGACAGGUCUACAACAUUGUGGAUGACUCAGCGUCGACGCAGGGCAGUAUUAGUGAUUUGCUUGUGGACAUAUUCGAAAUCAAUGUUGAAUAUUUUGGCAUUGUUAUGUCCAAUUUAACUAAGCUCUAUCCAAGCGAUACAGUGGGUGAAAUCAACGACAAGCACAUGGCGCCCUGGGCCGAGAUUUGUCAACGCAAUGGCAUCGAGAAUACACCGCUAACGCCGUAUUUGGAUGAGGAGCAACUGCAUCAUAAGCAUCUCAAUUUGGACAAUACGAAACUGAAAGACUUUGGCUACGUGCUGCAAGUGCCGCGCAUUACACGCGACGUUUUAACCGAAAUGAUCGAUGAUUAUGUGAAACAGCAGUUAUUUCCCAAAUCCUUGGCACUCUGAAUCGCUAUAAAUCGACAGGGAAUAAUGCACUACGUUAAUAUGCACUCAGCAAAGAUUUUAAUUAGUUUAAGCGAAACAUUUUUUGAUAUUCCAACAAAACAAUCUUCCAAUUUAUACCUGGUAUUUGUCCUCCCUCAAACAUUCUUUUUGUUUUUUGCGAAAAAGUGUACUUAUAGUAUUAUGUGUAGACCCAAUAUAUAUAUAUAGAGUAAACUAUAUAUUUUAUACAACUAACUAUUAUAUGCAUACAUUCCAUUCCAAUUUAUAUACAACAAAAUGUAUACGUAAAUUUUUGAGACUAAAAAACAUUGUAUCAACGAUUGUAUUGUGAUCAUUUUAGUGGCCAACGAACGAUAAUUGACAAUUAAAAAUGCAUUUACAUCAAACGUUUAUGUUUUAAUUGUUUUUUUUUUUAUUGUUAUUUUUAAUGUGUAUAUUUGAUAUUUAGUUUCAUUUAAAAGUUGCGGCAACGGAGCGUUUCGUAUAAUUACGAUACAUAAUUGAAAAAAUGCAAUUGCUUCACUUUUACGCUCAUUAAUUAUUCUUUUUUCAUUUUUAACUUAAAACUUAGAGAAAAUCAACAAAAAAUAAUCAUUGCGAAAGCAAUUCAAGCUCGCUCUUUUCACUUAAUACAAUGAAAAAGACACACACAAGAAAGUAAAGUUAAAAAGUUGAACAAAUUGUUGUGUGGACAUAUAUAAAUUAAAAUUCAUCUCAUUUUUAGUUAUGUUUGUUUGU